AUGUAUGUAUAUCUUUAUUUGUUGGUUUGUUUACUGUUUUCACAGACACUUCCAUUGGGGCUGGGAGACGGACAGCUCUUUACCUGGACUGAUGGCUUGAAAAGGAAGGACUGGCAUGAUUAUGAAAGCAUUCAAAAAGAUGCUAUGCGUUCAGGGAAGGGGGAACAUGGAAAGCCGUACCCUCUUACAGAGGAAGACCAUGAUGAUUCUGCUUAUAGGGAAAAUGGCUUCAACAUAUUUGUUAGCAACAAUAUAGCACUGGAGCGGUCCCUGCCAGACAUCCGACAUCCCAACUGUAAGCACAAGGUGUACUUGGAAAAGCUACCAAAUACGAGCAUAAUUAUCCCGUUUCACAACGAAGGCUGGACUUCCCUCUUGAGAACGAUACACAGCAUUAUCAACCGCACUCCGGACAGCCUGAUAGCAGAAAUCAUUCUCGUGGAUGACUUCAGCGACAGAGAACAUUUAAAAGAGAAGCUGGAGGAAUACAUGGUCCGUUUUGCCAAAGUGAGGAUUGUACGUACCAAGAAACGCGAAGGGCUCAUUCGGACCAGACUGCUAGGAGCCUCGCUGGCUAGAGGAGAAGUCUUGACAUUUCUGGAUUCCCAUUGCGAAGUCAACGUGAAUUGGCUGCCUCCCUUGCUUAACCAGAUUGCACUAAACCACAAAACCAUCGUGUGUCCUAUGAUCGAUGUCAUUGACCACAAUCACUUUGGCUACGAGGCACAGGCGGGGGAUGCCAUGCGAGGAGCUUUUGACUGGGAAAUGUACUACAAAAGAAUCCCGAUUCCUCCAGAGCUCCAGCGAGCUGAUCCCAGCGACCCCUUUGAGUCUCCCGUAAUGGCCGGAGGUCUAUUUGCUGUUAACCGGGAAUGGUUUUGGGAGCUGGGAGGAUAUGAUCCAGGAUUAGAAAUAUGGGGAGGAGAGCAGUAUGAAAUCUCCUUUAAGGUGUGGAUGUGCGGAGGUGGCAUGUUUGACGUUCCAUGCUCUCGAGUUGGGCACAUCUAUAGGAAAUACGUCCCCUAUAAAGUCCCUUCUGGAACCAGCCUAGCACGGAACCUGAAGCGCGUGGCAGAGACGUGGAUGGAUGAGUUUGCAGAGUACAUUUACCAGCGGCGGCCUGAGUACAGACAUCUCUCAACUGGUGAUAUCUCAGCCCAGAAGGAACUUCGCAAGCACCUUAAAUGUAAAGAUUUCAAGUGGUUCAUGGCUGCAGUGGCUUGGGAUGUCCCCAAAUAUUACCCUCCUGUGGAGCCUCCACCUGCUGCCUGGGGGGAGAUUCGAAACGUGGCGGCCAACCUCUGCGUGGACAGCAAACACGGCGCCACGGGGACCGAGCUGAGGCUAGACGUCUGCGUGAAGGACGGCUCAGAACGGACCUGGUCACACGAGCAGCUCUUCACCUUUGGCUGGAGAGAAGACAUCCGCCCCGGGGAGCCGCUUCACACCAGGAAGUUCUGCUUCGACGCCGUCUCGCACAGCAGCCCGGUCACACUCUACGACUGCCAUGGGAUGAAGGGGAACCAACACUGGAGCUACAGGAAGGACAAAACUUUGUUCCAUCCGGUAAGCAGCAGCUGUGUAGAUUGCAACCCAGCCGAGAAGAAGAUUUUCAUGAACAGAUGUGAUCCUUUAUCUGAAACUCAACAGUGGAUUUUUGAACAUAUUAAUACGACUGUUUUAGAAAAAUUUAACAGCAAGGCCAGUUCCUAGAAAGAAAAAAAAAGAAAAAUGAACACACCCCAUUACGUACGGACUGCAGAGUACAUUUUCGCCAGCAUCUGGGUCGAAGGAGUCAGGAAUAAAAUUUCCUAGAUCCAGGAAGUCUGUUCUGAGGCUUAAGAAAAUGCAAGAGCCAGCGGGCUGUCCUUGUGGAUGUACAGGAUCUGAAGAACUUGGCCAAGAGCCUCACCGGAUGCUGCUGAGAACUUCAGGCUGAAAAUUCCCUUGCUGGUCAAGGGAAAAACUUUGUUUAAAAAACUGUUUAAAAGUACUCCAAGUUAAUAAAGUAAAACAAAACUC